AUGUGGGGGAACUCCAUUGAUGUUGAGCUUAUCCAAUUCUCUAAGUUUCAUAUUGAUGUGUUCAUCCAUGUUGUUGGUUCCCCAUCUUGGCGUUUUACGGGGUUGUAUGGUCAGCCUGAUGCUAACCUUAGGAAGGAUUUCUGGCGUUUCUUGGGUAUGUUGGCCUCGUCUUAUGAUGGCCCUUGGUUAUGCGGGGGUGAUUUGAAUGAAAUUAUUGUUGCUAGUGAGAAAGAUGGUGCGGCGUCUAGGCCCAAUUACCUCAUGAGGAACUUCAAACAAGCUUUAUCUGAUUGUGAUCUUAUUGAUUUGGGUUUCUCGGGCCUGAAGUUUACUUGGUGCAAUCGGCACAAAGAUAGCACGUUCACUCAGGUACGUCUUGACCGCAUGCUUGGUAACCCAAAAUGGUUCGAUUUCUUCCCUAGUUUUUCUGUGUCCCAUCUUAGCUUUUGGGGUUCUAAUCAUCGACCUCUUCAUGUCCAAUUUAAUCAUACUAAUGAGGGCAUUAAGGGGCAUGUGUUGCUUAAGUCUCGGUUUCAUUAUGAGACUACUUGGGAGGAGGAUGAGGAAUGUGGGAAUAUUGUUUUUUCGGCUUGGAAUAGCGGUGUGGGGUAUAACUUUGAGACUUUGGCUACUAAAAUUGCUAAUGUUGCCACUAAUCUUGGUCAUUGGAACACUACUGUGUUUAAAAGGCAUCAUCAGGAUAUUAAGAAAAAACAAAAGCAAUUAAAAAAUCUGGAUGCUUCUCUCUCAGCUGCUAAUUUGAAAGAUUAUGUGUCUCUUGAGAAGGAAUUGGAUGUGCUUCAUUAUAAAGAAGAAAAAUAUUGGGCACCCCGCUCUAAGCAGAAUUGGCUCAAGCUGGAGUUCGGGCAAGAUAACCUCGCGGGUGUCUUUCAAGACUCUUUCCAGUCUAUUUUCGAGUCUGGUUCUCCUACUUGUGUUGAUAUGGAUCCUGUUCUUAAUGCUAUUGCUCCCAAGGUCACUUCUCGUAUGAACGAUCAACUGACUAGACCCUAUACUGGCGAGGACGUGAGGAAGGCUCUCUUCCAAAUGAAUCCUUCUAAAAGUCCUGGCAAGGAUGGUAUGUCUGCAGGCUUCUAUCAGAAGUAUUGGGAUAUUGUUGGUCCUGAAGUUAGCUCUGUUUGUCUCCGUUUUUUGAAUGAGGGUGGGCAUAUUAAAGGUAUAAAUUCUACUCUUAUCACUCUUAUCCCGAAAAUUGAUGAUCCUAAAUAUGCUUCGGAUUUUCGUCCUAUUAGUUUGUGUAACGUGCUUUACAAGAUUAUCACAAAAUCUAUGACUAAUCGGUUAAGUGAGAUUCUGGGUUCAGUGAUUUCUGAUGAGCAGAGUGCCUUCCUCCCUGGAUUUCUUAUUACUGAUAAUGCCAUGAUUGGCUUUGAGUGUGUUAACCAUCUGAAAUGGCGUGUUAAAAGUAAAAACGGUGCGUUUGCUCUCAAGCUUGACAUGUCUAAAGCCUAUGAUCGUGUUGAAUGGAGUUUUUUAUGUAUCCUUAUAAGGAAACUGGGCUUUCAUGAGAAAUGGAUCAGUUUAGUUUUGGCUUGUAUUUCUUCGGUUGACUAUGCUUUUAAUCUAAAUGGUGAAAUAUUGGGUAAAAUUAUUCCUGGCAGGGGUCUUCAACAAGGUGAACCUUUGUCACCCUUUCUAUUUCUGAUCUGUGCGGAAGGUUUGUCUGCUCUUGUACAGCGUGAUUGUGUGAAUGGUGCACUCUCGGGUCUCUCUUGUGGGCGUACUGGUCCCCAGGUAUCCCAUCUCCUUUUUGCUGAUGAUAGCCUUUUCUUUUUCAAAGCAUCAGUGUUUGCUUGUCACUGUUUUAAGCAGCUUCUGAAUUGGUAUGGUAAGUCUUCUGGUCCACUUGUGAAUUUUUCUAAGUCUGCCAUGUGUUUUAGUUCUCGGAUUUCUUCGAGUGAUGCUACUGACAUGGCCGCUAUUCUUGGUGUCCCUGUGGUUGUUUGCCAUGAGAAGUACCUUGGUCUUCCCUGUUAUGCUGGGCAGAGUAAGAAAGGUCUUUUUCAAUCCCUCAAAGACCGUAUUUGGAAUAAAUUGUUUAGCUGGAAAUCUCGGUCCUUCUCUGCUGCUAGGAAAGAGGUGCUUAUUAAAUCUGUCAUCCAAUCUAUCCCUGCUUAUUCUAUGAACUUGUUUAAGCUUCCUGCUAGUUUCAUUAAAGAAAUUCAUCGGCUAUGUGCUAAAUUCUGGUGGGGUGGUAAUGUGGAUAAACAGAAAUUACACUGGUGUACUUGGGAGAGACUUUGUUGGCACAAGUCGGAUGGAGGAAUGGGGUUCAGAGACCUUGCCUUGUUUAAUCAAGCUUUGUUAGCUAAGCAGGCCGCAAGACUUUAUUCUAAUCCGGAUUCUCUCGUUGCAAAGGUUAUGAAAGCUCUCUAUUAUCCUACUUCCUCAGUGCUCACUGCCACUAGGUCAAAAAAAUCCUCUUUCAUCUGGAGAUCAAUUUUAUGGGGUAAAGAGCUUUUUCUCUCAGGGGCUAGGUGGCUUAUCAAAGAUGGAAAAAAUGUCUCUGUGUAUCAUGACUGCUGGAUCCCCCGCCUGAAUGGUGAUAGGUCUUGUUCGAAUCAUUUUCUUCCUGAAGAUGCAAUGGUCUCUAGCCUUCUUCUUCCUGAUGGUAAUUGGAAUUCUGUUUUGAUCAAUGAGGCUUUUAAUUUGCAAGAGGCAACUACUAUUCUCUCUAUCCCUCGCUAUCAUCUUCCUAUUACUGAUUGUGUUAUAUGGCAAUUUGAGUCUUCAGGUUUUUAUACCGUUAAAAGUGGAUAUUGGCAGGCCAUUCGUUUGUUGGGGAUGGGCCAGGCUUCAGGCUCUAAUGGAGUUUCGGUGAUAUGGACUAAAAUCUGGCAAUUAAAUAUUCCUGGAAAAGUGAGGCAAUUUUUGUGGAGAGGUGCAAAUAACUGGCUACCUACCUUUUCCAACCUUUGCAAUCGAGGUAUUUCUAUUGCUUCCUUAUGCCCUUUUUUCCUAAAGGGUCCUGAGACUACACUCCAUGCUUUAUGGUAUUGUGAUAGACUGAGUAACUUUAGACACGCGGUUGGUAAUAUUAUACCUGUUCCUCCUUACACUAGAAUGGACAUUUAUGAGUUUUUGUUAAAUUGCUUAGAUUCUUUAUCUGUAACUAACUUUGGAAAACUCAUUGUGUGUUUAUGGCGUAUUUGGUAUCGGCGUAAUAUAUUUGUUAAUGAGAAGACUACUCUUCCUGAUCAUAUGGUUAUUGAGUGGAGCUUGGCAUUUCUAGAUCGUCACUUGAAUGCCAAUGGUGGUUCUUUCCCCGCCAGUGUGUCCUUGAGGGAAACCCUGAAAGUGCAUCGUUGGGAGAAACAAGUAGAGGGUGUUGUCAAAAUUAAUUGUGAUGCUGGCCUUGACCAUGUUGCGAAGAAGGCAGGAGCUGGGGCGGUAUUUCAUGACUUUCAUGGCAUGGUCCUUGCCUCUAGUACGUGGUCAUGGGAUCAUUUAUUGGACCCUACUAUUGCUGAAGCCUUGGCGGUUUUUCACAGUAUUUUGUUGUGCUCAAGACUUGGGUAUCAUACGGUGGUCAUUGAAUCUGAUUGUGCCAUUGUGGUCCGUGCUAUUAACAGUCACAAGAUCGAGCAUUCUUAUCUAGGAUUUAUUAUUAGGGAUAUUCUUGCUUAUUGUAACUCUUUUCAUAGUAUCUCCUUUAAUUUUUGUCCUAGAAUGGCCAAUAGUGUUGCUCACUCUUUGGCUAAGUUUGCUUUAUCUCUUUCUAAUGAUUUUGUUUGGUGGCCUGGAUACCCCGAGUGUAUCAAUGUUGUAAUUCAGAAUGACAUUACUUGA